AUGGAUACUAGUCGGCCAUCCACAUCUCCCUCUCCGAUCAUUAUUGAAGGUCAACGUAUUACUAGAGAUAUUUCACGCGGUACUCCCGGUGAUAUCACCAAGUCGAUGUCAAAGUCAUCCGAGCAAAAGCAGUUGGCGAAGAAGAGAAGUCAGUAUUACGGUGACGCAUUUGCAUACCGGGAACCCACCGGCAGUGCUAGAGAUCGAAUGCGUGAAGAACAUACUCUCCUCACAAGUCUCUCUAAUAUUCUCUCAACACGCUAUCAACGUCCUGAAUCGUCCAUUUUUGUUACCCUCAAACAUUCCGCAUGCUUCAUCGUAGCUGGUACUUUCGAGCCUGCUUAUAUUAUGACUAUAACUGCACUUCCAUCACAAAUGCAACCAGUUACGAACAAGCGAAAUGCAUCAUUGUUGCAGAAUUAUAUGGCCACCACUGAAUUAUAUGUCGAACCAGAGCGCGGUAUUAUUAAGUUUGUUCCAUUGGCAGAGGAGAAUUUUGCGACGAACGGAAAGACUGUCGCUGGUGAAAUAGAAGAACUAGAACGAGAGACGGCGAAUGAUGGCUCAGGGCACCGCAGCUUGCAUUCUCCGGGGACGGUAAAGAGUAAGAAGAGAAUGAGCAUCAAGUCCACCAAAAGCGUCAAAUCCAAGAAUUUGCAAACGCAUGAAGAAUACACGCCUUCGGUCAGUUCGAGGGAAAGCCCGCCAUUACCACCUAUGCCGGUUGAAGUGAAUGCAUUGGAUAAAAAGUCGAUGAAUGUGCAGAAAUUAGGGAGAAGAAAGAGUUUUAUGGCAGCAGUUUUUGGGAACAAGUCAAAGUCUUGA